AUGGCCGAACCAUUCAACCUCCCUCUCCGCCCACUGGUCAAGAAGCAAGACCGCCAGGAUUCACUUCCUGUCGAGAUCGCCCAAAUUAACGCCCAGUGGGGGUCAUUCCGCCAGAUCAGUGAAAACAGACUUCGAGAGAAGAUCGAGGUCGACAAAAGCAAGGAUCCCUGGUCCGACGAAGACGAGAAUGAAAAAUCUUCAACCGAUCUAGAUACCAUGGAGCGCAUGGAACAAUUGUACAAGAAGCGUGCGGAGAUUACUCAAUUCGCUCUGCAAGCUCAUAUGGAAACGUUGUUCGCUCUCGAUUUUGUCUCCCUCCUACUUUCCAAAUACACUCCUCGUCAGGCGGAAACGUCCAUGUCCGCGUAUCUGAAACAGGCUGUGCCUCUCGGGUCGAUAAAUGGAGAGGUUGUUGAACUCCCUCCAAAACCAGAAUCUGUGAUCCAAGAUACAAAAACAGUGUCGCGUGGAUGGCGGUUGCAGAAUUUCAAAUCCGCGGCCAACAAACUACUCGACUGCGCGUCAAGGCUGGAUACCGAAGCUGCCUCCGAGACUAGAUACUGGGAUGGCGUCCUAGGUGUGAAAGAGAAGGGUUGGAAAGUGUGCAGACUUCCUCGGGAAAGACAGGCUUUGGGUGUACAAUAUGGAUUCUUAGAAUCCACACCGAUAUUCCGCGACCGGGCUCUUGCAGCUCUACGGCGCGAUGGCGACGGUAGCUUGGUACUGGACAAAGGGCUAGCACCUUCCACUGCACGAGCAGUUCGCGUGCGCGUAAAACAUCGUGGUCAACUGACAGGCUGCUCGAGACGGCCACCACCAGCAUCCAACGCUGACACCAUCGAGGGUCGCAUUCUACAGGCACGUGAUACGCUCUUUGAAGAGGAACUUUUCCAUGAGCUAUUCCGCGAGGCUCGAAUUAUGGGCAGCCAGGGAGUUACCACACGACGAAACCUGGUGCAGUUCCCCACAUCUGAUGAACAAGACAUCCUGAUAGACCUGGUGGAUAUCGGGCUCGAAGCACUCCCCGACGAUGAGCAAAUCACUUCCACUGAACACAACGUACUUGCUGAUGCGCUCGGCCAUUCAAUCCGAGUUCUUCUCACGUAUGCCCACCGUCAAAAUCUGCGCCGAAGGACGCAGCCUCCACCACCACUGACCCCCAAGCGCCGACAUACCCCUGAGUACAACAUCCUGCGCCCGAUCAUGGCUUACCUCCAACAUAGCUCGCAUGUACGGUGGCUUGAGUCAUUUAUGAAGGAUACCAGCCAGGUUCUGCAAUCUGCCGGGCUGGGCAGCGAAUUCACAGCUGCGCCAUUCUCGUCGGUCCGCCGUCCAUCCCCAGACAGUUCUGUUCCCAAGGUGGAAGCUUUGGUGCAAACGUUCUUGAUGCCGUCUGAAUCUAUAUUCUCUAGGAAGCUGGCCACUGCUCAGAGCUCAUUUCAUGUGCGGGUCCGCACCAAUGUUGUUUCGCCCCCUUUCGGUACUCACUAUGAGAUCUCUGUCAAUAUGCCGCAGUAUCCCUCAGUGCAGCCACCGAGUCGCAUUGGAUUGCAGGACGAGGUUUCCCGGGUUCUGACACAUUUUAUUAUGUUGGACAUACUUUCCGCCAUCGCACAAAACUCGUCGGCUACUGAAGCAGAAAAUAUUGGCACCCAGCCAAAGAGGGAGGGACUGUUGACCUGGGAGGCGGCCUACCCACAUCAUGGAGAACUCCUGGCCCGUUCAAAGGCGACAGGACAAUGUAGAAAAAUGAAAGUGAGCAUGUCCCGGCAUAACUUGAUGGCUGAAACCUAUCAUAUCCGUGGCAUUGAAGGCUUUGGUCAGCGGAUAGUUGAUAGGACGCCGACAUUGCGGUCGCAGAAGUGGACGUCCGACCCUACAGCCCCGAAGCAACCAAGUUUGAUGGAGUUCGUUGCCGAUGUCUCGAAGGAAUGA